GCGUCACUGCCGCCCCCAGCACCGUCCUCUGGAAGUUGGUGACGCCGUUGGCCACGUCCAUCUUGCAGAAGUUGCGGAAAUCGUGCGUCCCCACGUAGCGUUGGGCCGCGCGGUGCAUCAGCGCCACGUCCAGCGGCCCGCGCGGGAAGAAAUAGCGAAUCAACCCAAUUUGGGGGAAUUGAUGGCAAGUCUGGGACCGGAGCGGCACAGCUGGGACGCCAAGGAGUGGGGACAUCCCUGCGCCGCCGCCCCCCCCAUUUUGGGGGAUUUUCCCCCUUUUCCCGCCGAGCGCACGGGGAGGAAGAUGAAGAGGAAGGUUCUUCGGCACGGCCCCGACGGCUCCGCGCAGGUUUGGGACGAAUCGCACGACGAGUUUUGGAAAAUCUUAGGAAAUGAAUCCAGCAUUUCCGAGGGGGAGAUGGAGACGAGCUCGGAGGAGUCGCCACAUCGGUGGCACUUUGGGGACAGUCCCUGUGUCACCCCCGGGGAUUUCAGCACCCGCGCAUCCCCCGUUUCGCAGUGGGGACCCCCCAAAUCCUUCAUCCCCCCGCGCUUCGACUCGCCGGCUCCUCGCCGAGGCAAAACCGACCCCAUCGCCAAAUAUUUGGAAUAUAAACGCGAGUGGGAGAAAUUCCCCAUCCCGGGGGAGGAUCCGCGCAACGGGCUGCGCUGGGGGGUCCGCGAGAGGAUGAUUUGGCACCCCCCGCCCCCCGAAAAACCGCGGCGGCCCCGCGGCCCCAACGCUUACGCCGUCCCCACCGAAAAGAAACGCGCGGCUCUGCGCUGGGAGGUGCGGUGGGACCUGGCGCAGGGGCUCGUCCCCCGAAAAUCCACCUCCUGACCCCCAAAAACAGCGAUUAAUUAAUGGAGACUUUUCCAGAAUGUUCUUAUUUUGGAAGAAUAUUUGCUAAUUAAUCAUAAUGAGCGUGGUGAUUUUGGGGGGGGGAGGGGGGGGGGGUGUCCAUUGCCCGUAACCUGUCACAUAGGGGUUUUAUUUCUAAGCAAAGUCUUUUGUUAAUAAAGCGUGUGUGUGGAUUCCU